GCGGGGGGCGGGGACGCGCGGUGGCCGGAGCUCAGCGGGAACCGGCGGCGGCGGCUGCUCGCUUGCGUCCCGGGUGGCUUCGGGGCUCCGGGGCCGAGAGCGCGGCGUCGGGGGACCGGCUUCCUCUCUAAGAAUGAAUGUUCACCAGGGCAGUGAUGGCGACAGGUUAUUGCAGCCAGAGCUCAGCUGCCUAGGAGAUGAGACCUUAGCUGCCACUCAAGAGAAAGAAAGCAGCAGCUUGGUGUCCUCUGGACUUCAUAUUGUCACUUAUCCCCUAGCUGCCAGGAGUGAAGACUUGGCACUUGACUAUGCCCCUCAGCCAGCAAGCCUUCAGUAUCCUCACAUAAUGCCACUUCCUGAAGACAGCAGCAAGGGCUCGUGCUUCCAAACUGGAAGCAAGCGGAGCCAUGAGCCCUUCAUUGUUUCAGAGAGAUUUGGGAACAGCGGCGUGGGCUUCGGAGGUAGCUCUCACUCCCCAGCCCCAGAGAAGGUGACGCUUCUUGUAGAUGGCACUCGCUUUGUGGUGAACCCCCAGAUUUUCACCGCUCAUCCGGACACCAUGUUGGGAAGGAUGUUUGGACCAGGAAGAGAAUACAACUUCACGAGGCCCAAUGAAAAGGGGGAGUACGAGAUUGCAGAAGGGAUCAGUGCCACUGUGUUCCGCACAGUGCUGGAUUAUUACAAAACUGGCAUCAUCAACUGUCCGGAUGGUAUCUCUAUCCCAGAUCUGAGAGACACGUGUGACUAUCUCUGCAUUAACUUUGACUUCAACACUAUCCGCUGUCAAGAUCUGAGUGCUUUACUUCAUGAGCUGUCCAACGAUGGUGCUCACAAGCAGUUUGAUCACUACCUCGAGGAACUGAUUCUGCCCAUCAUGGUGGGCUGUGCCAAGAAAGGGGAGCGGGAGUGCCACAUUGUCGUGCUGACAGAUGAGGAUUCUGUGGACUGGGAUGAAGACCACCCUCCACCCAUGGGGGAAGAGUAUUCCCAAAUUCUUUACAGCUCCAAGCUCUACAGAUUCUUCAAGUACAUUGAGAACCGAGAUGUUGCUAAAACAGUGCUAAAGGAGCGGGGCCUGAAGAACAUUCGCAUUGGAAUUGAAGGGUACCCUACCUGUAAAGAAAAGAUUAAGAGGAGACCUGGUGGGAGGUCUGAGGUUAUCUACAAUUAUGUGCAGCGCCCCUUUAUCCAGAUGUCCUGGGAAAAGGAGGAAGGGAAGAGUCGCCAUGUGGAUUUCCAGUGUGUUCGCAGCAAGUCCCUCACUAAUCUGGUGGCUGCUGGAGAGGAUGUCUUGGAAGACCAGGAGAUAAUAAUGCAUCACCCUCCACAGGUGGACGAACUUGACCGGCUAAAUGCUCCACUCUCUCAAAUGGCUUCUAAUGACUUCCAGGAUUAGGGACAAAUAGGGUCUGCCCCUCACCAGAGUGCUUCUCUGUGGGUGCCCCCAAUCUGGCCUCCUGGUUUCUCACCCCAAGGAGAUGUUUCCUCCUGUUUGUUUCCAGCCCCUCUCCGUCACUAUUGUGCCCCUUUCUCAGUCUGUCUCUGGUAAUCAGAUGACCAGCUUAGCUGGCCUGGUAAACAGACGCUGGGUCUGUUGUUGCUGUUGGUUGAGUCUUGUACAGCUGCGGGAGAGGAAGCGGACUCCUGUCGUCGCACGGUUGACACAGAAGCCCACAUCCUUUACACCCAAUGGGUGAGUUUUUGCCUCAGACAAAUUGCUUAAUAGCAAAAGGACCAAAUGUCAGAGACAGUCUGUGUGCUGGGGCAGGUGUCCUCUGCCGAGGAGGUGUGCCAGGGUGGAUUAAAAGGUAGUUCCUGGGUACUGUACCCAGGUGCCAUCUGGCUAGAAUGUCUGAAAGGAAUUCCCAGGAGCUCAGGCUCAGCACUGCUCUUCAUUAACACAGGAAAAUCUGACACAGGAGAUAGGUCUGCAACAGAAAGCAGUGGCCAGCAGUAUUAGUGUAGCCUUUGGCCUCAGGGAGUCAGAGCCAAAUUGGAAAUUAAGUGGCAGGAUGGCUCCAGGUCAGGCCUGCAGACUGCACCCAGGGGCAGCGUGGUGCUGUGGGUAUGGCAGGAGACCUGGUGUCUGAAGAUGAGAAGAGAUUUUUGCUUGGUACCUUCCUGUGGGCAGCAGGGAGGACUGUGGUGAGCUCAAUGGAAUCAACUGUGCAGGCCCUGCUUGCGUCCUCACAAGAAUACAUUUUCUCUCUCUCCUCUCUCUCCCCCCCCCCUCCCCUUUCUCUUUCUUUGCCCAUUAGCUGCUCAGACAUGGUAAGAAAAUGAUACCACUGUCCUCUCCAGGGUCAGGUCCAGGCCUUGUCUCUUGUUCACUCUUACAUGUGUGGUUUAUGGCAGUCCAGAUCACUCCUCAGCCCCCUUCCUCUGACACUUCCUUGGCUGUUUGCAGAGUCAAGCCAGGCAGCAGUAUCUGAGAUUACCUUACUUUGUGGUAGAAGUUGACCUUUGAGUUGGUCCUCCACUCUGGACAUUUUCCCUUCAUAGGUGGUGGAUGUAAGCUGUUUGCUUCAAGUUCCUUAAAGAACAUGGGUGGUCUCUUAAAAGUCUGCUUUCAUUAAGUACUGUAUAGUAUACUACUUGAUGGCAGUAAAUUCAGGUUUGGGAAACCCCUCUCUCCAGAAUUGAAGAACAAGAAUGUUCUUAAGAGGGUGUGUUCGUUUUGUGGCAGCAUCACAGCCGGAGUUGGUGUGAGAUCUUUCUUGCUCAGUAAAGAACUGAAGGGUAACUAAGCAGCCCUGGUUUUUGUGGUGACCGUUGGUGUCUUGGUGAGGCUCAAGGCCAGCAUCCAGAAUACAGGUUAAGGUUAUCUGUCCAAAAGUUACUUCUGGAAGGCUAAUGGGGCUUGUAUUUGAGGUCAGGUCUGGCCUUGACUUUGUUGGUGCUACAUGUUUGUCCACUCACAGUGACCAGCCCAGCAGGCCCUUGUUCAGUGGUGCUUCCUGUGUGCUAACUGAUGGCCUCUGGAUGUGGUGCUGAGGUGUGAGCAGUGCUUUCUUUGUCCUUUGGAGUUGGUUCACUGCCUUCAGCCCCAAAUAAGUUACCGUGCUGUGGCUUCAGCCCAUGGGGUUUGAGUGGCAGGCAGUCUGAAGGCUGGCCAGUGCCAUGGGAUGCUGGUGACUAAAGGAAAGCCUGGGACAGAGGCCUUGGGGAGAGGAGGCUCCUUUUGCACCCUCAGCCCCACCCUUCCCUAAAUUUCAGUGUCGUUUGUAGUUUGGUGCCUCCAGUCAGCCAUGCCUGCUGUUCCAAAGUUGGGACAUUCUUUAGCGCUCCCUGCAGGACUAAGGACUGGGUUACAGUCUUUGGAGUUGGUUAUUGGCUUUAUGAGUGAGAGAACUGUGCCAAUAAAAAAAAAUGGAUUUUGGGCUCAUGUGUCUCUUGCAAGUGCCUGAAUAAGUAAGCCGUUUUGUGUGUACAGAAACAGCCCCAUGAAAAAAGUGACUUUACCUAGAGUCUCAGAGCAUCUUAGCAAGAUAAGAUUACCUACACCCGAGGCUUGACUAUUCAGUGUCCUUGUAUGCGGUGUAAUUGAUGAGAAGAAACACCUGCCAGUAAGGCCCUGGAAAACAGAGACAUAGCAUUAAUUUGAAAAGUACAUGGCUCUCCAUGGUGGAGAAAGGUGACGGCAAAAGUUGAAGAUUGAAGUGACUGGGUACAGUACCCAGCCCCUUGGGAAAGCGAACAGGCUGUGAGGGCAGCAUAGGAAGAGGGGCAUCCUCAGAGUCAGGAUGUGUGUCUUCAGGAGAAUGAAUGUUCAGAGCAUCAGACUUCAGCUCAAACUGUGUGCUUGAGUUUGUUUUUUGAGUCAAAACAAACUGCAGCUUCUGAGGUGGGCGCAGGGAGCACAGCAGAGCGCUGCCACCUCCCCAGGGGGCAGAGCCACUUUUGUGUCUGGAUGGGAUCAUUUCUGGAAAAUUAUUUUCUCCUAAUGGCAAAAUGCUUGUAGGUUUUGCCUUUUACUUUGUAUUUACUUUUGAAGUUGCACUUGUUCACCUACCAGUGUUUACGGAAUCCUGUAUAUGGGAUGUUUUUUCUAUAAUAAAGUAUUUUUAUUUGUGUUCA